AUGGCGAUUCUAUCCACCACCGCCGUUGUUAUCACUUCCAUCGUCAUAUCAGUUGUAUACUAUAUGUACAGAAGACUCGCGAUUGGAUCCAGGUCUACUACCCAUCUCUUGGAUUAUCCAUCUCCCCCCCACUGGUUCUGGGGACACGAAAAAGCGGCUUUGUAUGACACCCCUUACGGGGAGCUCUAUUCCGAGUGGAUCGACGAGAAGGGGAGAGUCAUCAGAACCAAAGGGGCACUUUGGCAUGGGGAUAUCCUUAUCGUGGCUGAUCCGCAGGCACUGUGGCACAUAGAAGUUAAGAACGCGUACAGCUAUCAGAAGUCCAGGGGUCUCCGCUCCUUGAUCGAGCGCAUCCUUGGCAGGAGUAUACUCUGGAUCGAAGGUGACGAGCAUAAGAGAACGAGGAGUGCCCUUAUCUCCUGCUUCACAGAGAUGGACGGUGUCGUCAACGGGUGUGCUGAGAAGCUUGUAGAUUCCAUGAGGAUGCAUAUAAUUAACGAGAUGGAUAAUGGAGUAUUAUCGCCUAUUGUUAACAUUGUGGAAUGGAACUCUGGCAUAACGCUUGACAUCAUCGGACGAGUGGGCUUUGAUCAUGACUUUGGUUUGGGCAAGUCAUCAGAAGCCACGGAAUUAUCACGGACCGUGGAGGACUUUGUCGAGUCGACAUCGACAUUUACGGGCUUUUUGCUGAUAUUUAUGACAGACGCCGAUUCUUUUGCGAGCCUUCCCUUUUAUCUUAGUCUCCCAUUCGAUGUUGUACGAAAGCAGGCAGCUAUUAGGAGUCAUGUCCGAAAAGUUGGAAGAUACUUGGCGGACGCGAAGGUCGCUCGUCUCAUGAGAGGUGAGAGCCUCUCUGAAGACAGUAAAGAUCUUCUUAGUCAUCUAAUCAAAGCCAGUUAUAAGGAGGGAGAGGCUUUGGAUGUGGAUGAACUACUUGACCAUAUCAAUACUUUCAUCCUUACCGGCUACGAGACCACCGCUGUAACGGUGAGCUUUGCCGUCCAUGCACUCGCCCAUCAUACAGAUGUCCAAACCCAACUACGCGGAGAAUUAAACGAAUUUGGUCGCGAACCGAGGUUCGAUGAUUUCCAGAACAAAGAUAUCCUGAGACUCCUUGAUGCGGUGACUAAAGAGUCUUUCAGACUUUACCCUGCAGCUCCACAUACAGAACGAGUUGCGGGGAAGGAUGACGUGAUCCCAUUGAGUGGGCCAGUGCGUGCAUCUGAUGGGAGCCUUAUGAAUUUCAUCGCCAUCAAGAAGGGGCAGAUGAUUGUCAUUCCACGUCUUUCUAUCAACACCCGCCGCGGAGCGUGGGUUUCGCUUUCCGGCUGGAACCAUCUAGAUACCUUUGGAGAAGGGGCACACAUGUGCAUUGGAUUUCGGCUCGCCAUUUUCGAAUUCAAAGCGAUCCUUGCCGCCCUUGUCAAAGCGUUCGUAUUCGAGGAAGUCCCAAACGUCCAAACGAAGAGCCAUAACAUUGUCGGGACGUUGCAGCCGAGCACGGUGUUACACGAUCCGUCGACGAAGCGUCCUUUUACCAAAGCCCACUACUUGCCUGUGAAGCUGUCGCUUGCCGAUCAGCAUUAG